GUCAGAGCCUCGUUUGUACGUGCCUCGAUUGGACAAACCAUGAAAUGAAUGAGACAUCAAUGGUAAAGAUUUAAUUCCAUUGCAUUGCAUCAAACUGAAAAUUUGCCUCUAUCUGUUCAUUAGUGACAACGUUGGUUUUUUUCACUGGUUUAAAAUAUGUCUGAAGUUGAAGAAACAUUGAAAAGAAUUGGUAGUCACAAAGGUGUUAUUGGAAUCAUUGUGAUUAAUCAAGAAGGUAUUCCAAUAAGAACAACACUGGACAACUCUACCACAGUACAGUAUGCUGGACUGAUUCACCAGCUGACAGCAAAAGCACGUAGCACUGUCCGUGACAUUGACCCGCAGAAUGAUUUAACCUUCUUGAGAAUUCGUUCUAAGAAACAUGAAAUCAUGGUUGCACCGGAUAAGGAGUACAUGUUGAUCGUAAUACAGAAUCCAACAGUAAAUGAUCGCACCUAAAUAAAAUGAAGUAUACCGUCUGAUCUCUGUAGAUAAGAUGACUUCCAUAAGUUAUUUUUGCUUGUUCCAUGUAAAUAUUUUAAUGUUUUUUCCUGUUGUUAUAACAGCUGGGAUCAUUGUGCUUAUACUGUGUGAUGUUUUUAUUACAACUCUAUAUUGAGGAAGAACUUUUUAGAUUUCAGUCAAUUACAAAACAUUUUGUGAA